AAUUCAUUUCAAUUUUUUUACUACAUACCGUUGGAUUCGUUAUUUUUAGAAUUCAGAUAUCGCGUAAUAGGAAAGUUGUGUUUUUUUUCCGCCAUUUUCGGAAUUUUCUGAAUGAGAUGAGAGCUACCAAAUUUGUAAAAAUGAAGCCCUGUUGUAGAAUUUUGUUACCUUGUAGGAACACACCUUUUUUGGGUGUCCCAAUUCCCAAAUCCUCCAAUUUUGCGUCGCACACUAACUGUUUGUUUGAUUCCCACUUUAGUGCCCCCAAUGAUCGCACCUCUUCACCUCGUGUUUUCGUGUUCAAGACCAUCCUGGGACAAUCCCAGAAGCCGAAUUCUGCACCCAAUUCGAAUUGGAGUCAGUCGAGAAUUUUCUCAACCACCUGCGGGUGUAAUUUUAGCAAAAGAGCGCAUUAUUUAGUUGGUAGUGUUGCAUCAAAUGUCAAGAGUUUUUCUACAUCUAUUGAAACCCGUGUCAAUGACAAGAAUUUCGAGAGAAUUUACGUGCAGGGUGGGCUUAAUGUUAAGCCACUUGUGGAGAAAAUUGAUUUGGAUGAGGAUGCAGUGAAAAAGGAGGAUGAUAGGAUUGAGGUUAAAGAUGUCGAAAAUGAUGUGAAAAAUGAGAAUUUGAAAGAGGCUGAGAGUGCAGACGCUGCUAAAGAAGAGUCUGAAAUCGAAAAGGACGCGUGGAAGCUGCUGAGGGAUUCGGUUGUGACGUAUUGUGGGAGCCCUGUGGGUACCCUGGCUGCAAACGAUCCAAAUGACAAGCAGCCACUUAACUAUGAUCAGGUGUUUAUAAGGGAUUUCGUCCCAUCAGCCUUUGCAUUUUUGCUAAAGGGUGAGGGAGAAAUAGUGAGGAAUUUCUUGCUUCACACCCUGCAACUACAGAGUUGGGAGAAAACGGUGGACUGCUACAGUCCCGGACAAGGAUUGAUGCCAGCAAGUUUUAAGGUUAGAUCUGUGGCUCUAGAUGAUAAUAAGUUUGAAGAAGUUCUUGAUCCAGAUUUUGGAGAGUCAGCUAUUGGCCGAGUAGCACCUGUGGAUUCUGGACUAUGGUGGAUCAUUUUAUUGAGAGCUUAUGUGAAGCUUACUGGUGACUCAGGGUUGACGGAAAGAGGCGAUGUACAAACCGGGAUAAAACUCAUAAUAAAUCUGUGCUUGUCUGAUGGUUUUGAUAUGUUUCCUUCUUUACUUGUCACUGAUGGCUCCUGUAUGAUUGACCGUCGGAUGGGUAUUCACGGGCACCCUUUGGAGAUUCAAUCCUUAUUUUACUCGGCUCUUCGAUGUGCACGGGAGAUGCUUGCAUUGGAUGAUGGAUCAAAGAAUUUGGUGAGAGCCAUCAAUAACAGACUCAGUGCAUUGUCGUUUCACAUCAGAGAAUAUUACUGGGUUGAUCUGAAGAAAAUCAAUGAAAUCUACCGUUACAAGACUGAGGAGUAUUCCACAGAAGCCACUAACAAGUUCAAUAUAUAUCCCGAACAAAUUCCUCAUUGGUUAAUGCAUUGGAUUCCUGAGGAAGGCGGUUAUCUUAUUGGCAACCUGCAGCCAGCUCACAUGGAUUUUAGGUUCUUCACGCUCGGAAAUCUCUGGUCCAUAGUAUCAUCUCUGGGUACUCCAAAACAAAACGAGGCUAUAUUGAAUCUCAUCGAAGCUAAAUGGGAUGAUCUGAUCGCUCAGAUGCCUCUUAAAAUAUGCUUCCCUGCUUUGGAGUCUGAGGAUUGGCGAAUAAUCACUGGAUGUGAUCCAAAGAAUACACCUUGGUCAUAUCAUAAUGGGGGGUCUUGGCCAACACUGUUGUGGCAGUUCACAUUGGCAUGCAUGAAAAUGGGUCGAACAGAUCUGGCAAAGAAGGCAAUUGACAUAGCCGAAAGAAGGCUACCUCUCGAUCGCUGGCCUGAAUACUAUGACACGCGCAAUGGCAAGUUCAUAGGAAAGCAGGCCCGACUAUACCAGACAUGGUCUGUAGCCGGAUACCUGACGUCAAAGCUGCUGUUGGAGAACCCGAAUAUGGCUUCCCUUUUAUUCUGGGAAGAAGACUAUGAUCUUCUUGAAAUCUGUGUCUGCGCCCUGAGCAACUCCAGCCGCAAAAAGUGCUCCCGCCGGCUCGCCAAGUCUCAGAUUCUUGUUUGAUUUCGCAUCAAUUCUUUGAAAGAAAAUGCACCAUUUUGCUGUAUAGAUGAUUGGUGUUUGAUCAAGUUGGUUUCACACGUAGUUGUAAAUACUUAACUUUUACUCUUCAAGAUAUAUAUAUAUAUAUAUAUAUAGCAUAUCAUAGGAAAUGAAAUUAGAUUGCAUUCUUUUGUGGCCUUCUCAAAUUUUGUACGGUUGGCCUUUUAGUUUUUCUGUUUGUGCACUAAUAUAUCAGCUUUUAAUAGCUCUAGGUAAAUGUAAACACUUAACCUACAUUUAUUUCUUUUAUCUUUUUAUUCUUAAUGUUGAGUUCUCGACCGAAA